AUGCCGGAAGCGAAUAGCUUCUUCAAGCUUCGGGAAACUAGUACCCUGGAGUCAUACAGCAAAGCAAUUAGCUACCAUGGGCGACGGCAGCUGUGGAGGACGGCUUUGGAGGCAUUCUGGCAAUUGCCGAAAAUGCGGCUUGAGACAGAUACGGUUGUACAUGGAGCCAUUGCCAAUGCAUGCGGACGGAGCGCAGCAUGGCAUCAUGGUUGGAAAUUGCUGUCAGAGGCUCGAUUUCAUAGCAUGCGAGAGAGCAUAAUCGUUUUCAACGGCACAAUAACUGCUGCUGGGAAGACAUGGCGGCAGGCGCUGCAGUUGCUCACAUGCAUAUCUGACAAGAACGUGCAGGCUGACAUCGUGACCAUCAGCACCACGGUCAGUUCCUGCGGAGCAAGUCAUCACUGGCUGCAAGGGCUGGUUCUGUUCCGAGAUCUUCGGAAGCUGGCGGUUCAAAGAGACAUUGUUGCUGGCAAUGCUGUUCUGAACACUCUGGAUCAGUCCAGGCGCUGGCAACAAUGUGCACAUUCAUUCGCAAAGCUCAGAGCAACAUUCUUACGGCCCAGUGUCAUCUCCCUGAACUCUUUGAUCAGCGCAUCCAGCACUGAAGGCCAUUGGCAAAACACAUUCUGUUGCUUCACACAAGCACCCUCUCUUACACUGCAGCAGGAUGCCUUCAGCCACAGCUCGCUUGUGAGAGCUUGUGAGCUUGCUGGAGAGUGGCAAGUUGCACUUCGCUCGCUCGUGAGCUCCGUGAUCUCUGGUUCAAGCUUGGGUGUGGUACUCUGCAAUGCCGCCGUCAGCAGCUGUGAAAAAUCCGGCCGAUGGGAGUUUGCAGCACGACUGCUCAAAGAGUUUAGGCACACGAGGCAAAGGCCAGAUUCUGUGACUCACAACGCCGAGCUCUGCUCCUAUGGUCGGGGCUCCAAGUGGCAGAAGGCUUUUUCGACACUUUGGGGCCUGAAAUCCAUGACUGCGCAAGCAAACGCCAUUGGCCACAACACUGCCCUCCUUGCGUCCGUUGAAGCCAAGCAGUGGAGAUCUGCGAUUCAGAUCCUCGAAGUCUUCAGGAGGUCAUGUUUGCAAGCCGACAAAAUCUCGCUGAACACUGGCCUAAGUGCCAUGGAAGCUGGACAGAACUGGAAACAGACUCUGGAUUUGUUUGCCUGCGACUUCUCCGUCCGCCUACAGCGUGAUGUCAUUACCUUCAACUCUGUUAUCAACGUCUGUGCUGCUCGGGGAACAUGGUCGAAGGCAGCACAACUCUUGACAGACGCUGUGCAGACUGACAUGGAGAUCAACUUGAUCACAUACAACGGAGCCAUCCGAUCCUGCAGUCAGGCGUCUCGCUGGCAGGCGAGCCUACACUGCUUGGAGAGAUUGAGGCCCAUAAACCCAGACAUGGUGAGCUUCGAAGCUGUGAUUAACUCCUGCGAGACUUGCAGAGAGCUUGAGAUGCAGGGAGCCUUGCUCCACCGCCUCGAGAAAAUUGCAAUCCAAGGAGCGUCGCAGAGAAAAAGCAAGGGAGGGAAUUGA